UUUAGUACAUGCGAGUAUUUUUAUCUCUAAAUUCUUAAUUUAUGUUUUGAAUUAUAUGAAGUGUGUUAACUACACUGAUUCUUUGGGCCCAAUAGUGAAUCAGCUAUGCUGCUGUGCAGACAUGAAGAGCAACAACAGCCUGCCUCCUUCCUAUUUUCAGUUCACUGUGUUUGCUGACCUUGGGCCCCUCAGAUAUCUUUUCUUCAGCCUCUCUCUGUUGAUCUACAUGACUAUAAUCUCUGCUAAUUUUGUCAUUGUUCUGUCAGUCUGCCUGGAGAACUCUCUGCAUCAGCCCAUGUAUAUUUUCAUCUGCUCUCUGUGUUUAAACUCUCUGUAUGGCUCGACCGGCUUCUUCCCUAGGUUCCUGAUGGACCUUCUGUCCAACACUAAUUUCAUUUCACCUCCAUUCUGUUUCAUUGAGAUGUACGUUACUAACACUUAUGUAGCAAAUGAGGUGCCUCUCCUCACAGUCAUGGCCUAUGAUAGGUUUGUUGCUAUUUGCCAGCCUUUACACUAUCACAGUAAAAUGACAUUUAGGACGGUGCUGCUGCUUUUGAUUCUUGCUGUGCUGUACCCUGCAUGUGGUUUAGGCUACUUUUUCUAUCAGGCCAUCACUUUGCCUUUGUGUGGAAACAAACUGCAGAGGGUUUUUUGCAUCUGCUGGUCUAUAAUCAAUCUCUCCUGUGUCGACACAACUGUGAUCAGCACAGCAAGUCAAUGUAUUGUUGUGACAUCAAUGUCCAUCCCCCUGUUCUUUAUCCUGUACACCUACCUGCGCAUUCUGCUUGUUUGCAGGAGAAGUUCAUCUGAAUUCAGAAGAAAGGCCUUACAGACCUGCCUGCCCCACAUAGUGACUCUUGGGAACUUUUGUAUCUCAAUAUUCUGUGAGUUUUCAGUGAGCUGGUAUAAUGUUGUUGAACUAACUACUUUUGCUACAGUUUUAUCUCUGGAGUUUCUGAUCAUCCCUCCCAUUAUUAAUCCCAUUAUUUAUGGCCUGAAUCUGCCUCAGAUCAGAGCAGUAAGUUCUGGAUUUCUAAGGGCAGGCUCUCUGUCCGGGGUGUGGCACACGGCUGUGCUGAGUUACACAGCUGAGACUAAUUGCUUCAUCAUCAACCUCCUAUUUAAGACUCUGGCAGAUGCUCCUCCAGUGCCACUCUUCACGUCUCUCCAGCUUCCUAGCCAUGCCAUCCCUGUUCUUCUACCUCCGAGUGCUCCAACAACACUUGCCUCAUCUCUCCUGGCUGACAUCUUCCCCCCCUGCUCUCAGGAAGACCAUAUACCUAUGGAGGCCACGGACUGCCUCCCACAGUCCUCAAAGAGGAGCCCCUCUGGGGACCCUGCAGGCUUGGCCUGUGGGAGUGAGAAACAUGCCAACGAGGGAGAGAGAGCCCCUUUUCUGGGUGCUUGGACACAGGCAUUCAGCCUGUGGGAGUGA